AUGACCAAUCAACCAGGAAAUCCGAAUAUGAAAAUGUUAAUUCCAAUGAUUAAUGAAUUACAACGUAUUUUUACAAUAGUUAAUACUCGAUUGACAUUAACAUUACCUCAAAUAGCGGUCGUUGGUUCGCAAUCAGCAGGCAAGAGUUCUGUACUUGAAAAUAUUGUCGGUAGAGAUUUUUUGCCUCGUGGUGGAAGUAUGGUGACGAAGCGACCUCUAGUUCUACAAUUGGUUACAUCUCAAGGGGCAGAAUAUGGUGUCUUCGGACAUAAACCACAGCAGAAAUUUACGAACUAUACUGAUAUUCGUAUAGAAAUCGAAAAUGACACCAAAGCAGUAGUACGCAAUGACAUGGGUGUCUCGAAUAUACCGAUCAAUCUGACGAUUUAUUCGCCUCAUGUUGUCAAUCUUACUCUAGUCGAUCUGCCCGGUAUGGUUAAAGUACCUUCACAAGGUCAACCCCUCGAUAUUAGUAAAAAGAUCGAUGAUAUUAUCCUCGAAUAUAUUAGCAAUGAGAAUUGUCUCAUUCUGGCUGUGACACCGGCUAAUAUCGAUAUCGUCACUUCCGAUGCAUUGGUUAUGGCUCGUAGUAAAGAUCCAAUGGGUAAACGCACAAUUGGUGUAUUGACAAAAUUGGAUAUGAUGGGCCGAGGACAUAAUGCACGUGACGUAUUUUUGAAUAAAGUUGUCGUUCUUGAAAGAGGCUUUAUCGGUGUUGUCCUUCGUGGUCAACGUGUCGAUGAAUAUGGUCGAGUUAUGAGAGAAUUAGAUAUACCGGCUGCACUCGAAUUCGAACGACAAUUUUUUCUUAAUGAUCCAGCCUAUCAUGAUAUGGCAGAUCGAAUGGGUGUACCCUAUUUACAACAUACACUCAGUAUUCAACUCACUGAACACAUUCUCAAGUGUUUGCCUGAUUUAAAACGAGAACUACAAGCACGUCAUCGCGAUUUAGCUGUAGAAGUAUCCGAAUUUCGUACAUCGGCUAUGCUUGAAGGUUCUGGUUUUGACACAAAAGCUUUAGUGGUAUUAACACAUGAAUUACAAGAAGAUUUUGAUGCCGCACUGAAAGGAACUAAUUUGAAAGACUCUGACUUGAAGACUCUAACAGGUGGGGCUCGUAUUGCUACCAUCUUUAAAUAUCGUUUUCCGUCAGAAUUGGCUAAAGCCGAUCUUCAAGACAAAGAUAUGCGUAAUCAAUUAGUUUUAGCCAUAAAAAAUAUUCGUGGUUUUCGAGCUGGUAUAUUUACACCAGAUGAAGCAUUCGAAUACAUUGUUCAAAUGCAAAUAGCCAAAUUUGAAGAACCCAUACUGACAUGUGUCGAUAUGGUUAUCUGCGAAUUGAAAAAAAUUAUUAAUGAAGUAACAAAUAAACUGAAGCGUUACCCAUUCUUGCAACGGGUCACCGAAGAAUUACUGACGCAAUAUUUAAAAGAACGUGAAGUUGUCACAAAGCAAGCCUGUACACUUUAUGUCCAUACACAAUUAUCCUACAUCAAUACGACUAAUGAAGAAUUUAUCGGAUUUACUAACGCCGAAAAAUCGGCCAAUACAAAUGACAUGAAUCGACAUAUUACUAAUCAGAUCAUUCGUAAAGGAUUUCUUCGUAUGCAUACCAAUGCAAAAUUAUUCCAAGCAAAAGAAUAUUUCUUCGUCUUAUCGACCGAUAGUCUAUCUUGGUAUAGUGAUUCUGAUGAGAGAGAUAAAAAAUAUAUGUUACAAUUAGAUGACCUCAAACUGCGUGCUACUGAAGGUGGUUUUAUGGCUAAACGAGCACAAUUUGGUUUGUACUAUACGGAAGGAAAGAACGUCUAUAAAGAACACAGAAUGCUCGAACUCUCUGCUGAAAAUAAAGAAGACAUGGAGAAUUGGAAAGAAGCGUUUUCCCGUGCCGGUGUCUUUUCUGAACGUGGGCAACGUGCCGAGACUACUACUUCAUCGACAGAUGGCGUUCCCGGCGAUCCACACAUGGAGCGUCAAGUAGAAACUAUCAAUAUUUUGGUAGCAUCUUACAUGAAAAUUGUGGCAAAAAUGACACGCGAUUUCAUUCCGAAAACGAUCGUCUGCAGCAUUGUACAAGAACUACGAAAAUAUAUUUCAAGAGAAUUGUUAGUCAAUCUCUAUGCUGUACCGAAUGCGAAAUCACUCUUGCAAGAAUCAGCUGAAGAACGACAACGUCGUGAAUCGAAAAUUGCCGAAUUUGAGGCAGUCAAAAAUGCACUAAAUAUUAUAGAGAAUUUUUAUAUCAACGCACGUAAGUUAUCUACAGGUAUGAUGAUAACACCAGCGGCUACCACUACAUCCUCGAAUAUCACCAUGAGCAAUCAUUUUGGACAAUCAUCAAAUUCAUCCACGAAUUUAGUCGACAAUUCCUUUGGCUCUAACACUAAUCGUAUAUCCGGCCAUCAUGUUCAAACAAAUCAACAAACAUGGAACACUUUUGGAACCCAUGGACAGGCACCACCAGUUGUUCCACCUAAUCCGUUGGGUCGUUCCUAUGCGAAUGGGUCAACGACCCCACCAGUACCCAUACUACCUCAGCGUCCACUACCACGUGUUCCGCCGCGAUAA